AUGGAAAGUAUGGAUACAGCAGCCGAGGGAAAUAAGGCCCAGGUUAUCAGCCAAGAGAAGUCUCUACAGGAGGAGACUAAAAGCCAAGAUAAUGCGAUAUGUGAAAACAUUCUCAGAAAGCUUUCUUUGAUUCAAAUACUCGUUGAUUUCUCAAAUUCAAACUCUGAAAAAGAUUUGCUGAAGGGACAAUUCUAUUUGAAUUUUAAGGACGCUAAAUAUGAAAACCUUGCACGAAAUUUCAAGUCUCAAAAGUGUUGUGACAUAGACCAGUUCAUUUUAAAGAUGAGCAAGAGUAAAAACAAGGAUUUUGUGGAUUUCUUAAGGUCCUCAUUCCCAAAUAGAACUAAUUAUCUCAGCGUUUGGGCCUACAGUGGAAUGUGUCUGGAUAGGUCUAAUUACUUCAACUUGCUGAUCAGCCUCAGCUCCAGAGUUUUUCACACAGUAGAAUUCGAAAGUUUAGAUCUUCACCUUAGACAAUUAAAGAGGUUGAUAGCAGCUUACAGACAUGUAAGAGUCCUGAAAUUAUCAACUUGCAAACUGGGAGUUCCAAAUGUUCCUGAUUUUUCAAAGACUCUUACGAGAUGUAGAAUCCAAUCGCUGUGGUUACUAUUUACAGGAGGUUCUUAUUCAAGUGAUUAUAUGAGCAACAUCAAUCAGUUCAAGAACUUAAUCCAAGGGCUAGUAAGUUCCCCGGAUUUAAGAUUGAGCCUAAGAAAAGUACACAUUAAGGGUUGCGUAAUGGAAAAGGACAAAAUUGAGAAGAUUUUUGUAGAACACAAGUUUAGAAAAGUUAAAGUAAUUGGUGGGAAAUAAAUUGGUGUCAAAUGA